AUGCAGGCCGAUAAGCUCCUGGACAUUCUCUGUAAGAGGGUGUGCAACCUGAUUGAGAUUUCGGAGAUAGGCUCAGACGAGGUGCUGGACAUUAUGAACAAGUGCCUCCAGCUCGACUACGUGCCAAUGCAGCUGCUCAGGUUCUAUACCUACUCGAACAUGUUCGAGCUGCAGGACUCAGAGUUGAUACAGAGCCUCGUGGACGGGCCCAGAGAGUACGACGUUGACUUCCGGGGUUGGAAGAGGCCGCUGUCCUUUGACGAGCACACGGAGACGGUGCGGCUCCACCACAACGUGUACGCCGACGUGAAGAUGCGCGGGUCGCGGCCCAUUCUCCCCGAGAGCAUGAGUCACCCGCUGCAGCCGACGUACCCGGAGCCCAAGCACUUUGAGCCUGUGCACAGGAAACACUACGAGGACAGCGUACUCGGCUCGCUGGCCAACUACUACAGGAGGGUGCAAGACCUGGAGUUCAAAAUGUCUGAAAGCGACCGGAAACUCAUGGAUUCGCUGAUGGACAUGUCGCUCAUUUCUGCACGCACUAGUAAAGGAAUAUGUGUAUAA